UAGAGGAUCCAGCCCUCGGUAGCCUGGGUUGGUCUACCCGGGUCGGCUCGGACCAGCAGCCUCCACUCGGACGUACUUCUGGGGGAUAUCCAGGUUGUAGGACAGGGACACUCAUGUGUAUAUACCCUGACGUGAAUUUGUGGGUAUAAGGAACGGAGGACUGAGCGAUGUCUGCACCCGGUUUCACAAACCUGAACAGCUCCGUCAGCUACAGCCACAACUCAACGCCGAACAGUGGAGAUGUUCCCCCGUAUCAGAACGGUCCAGCACAGACCUACGCACCGAUGUAUCCACCUGGAGGCUACUAUGGAGCCCCACCUCAGCAGCAGAACUACUCAACAAUACCUGCCCAUUGCACUCCUAUUUCCAGUAAAGCCCCCAUCACGAACAGUGCCCACAGUGCAAACUAUUACCAGAACAACCAUCAGCCACAGCAGCAGCACCACCUCCCUCAGCACAAUGUAGCACCCUCUCCAUACUCUGCUCCCCCUAGCUCUGCUCCUCCCUGUCAGCCAUAUGCCUCCAUCCCCUCUUCAGCACCCCCACCAUCAAAUGUGCAGUAUAACCAACAGCCAUUCCAGCAGCAGCAUCCACCUUAUGCCACUCCAGGAUCAUACUAUGGACAGCAGUCAUUCCACACUCCUCCUUUGCAACACCCUCAGCAGCAGCAGCAGCAGCAGCCCAGGUUGGUGCCUGCACCAGCUGGCAGCCAUUACCCCAUUGUUUCAUACCCCUCUGCACCAGGAAGCAGCCAGUAUGGAACCCUGACCUCUUCUCAAAACACCUCCAUGCCUGGAGUCCUGCCUGCUCAGAUGGGAGUUCCCCUUCAUCAGUACAGCAGCUCUCAGUCGGCCUCUGCAGCAGCAGUGCAGCCGGGAUACAGCACUGCUCCUCCAAAUCAGAUGGCCCCCACGGUCAAUGGUCAAGGAAACACAGGUAUAUCCCCAACCACAGUCCAUCAACACUACGAUCAAACCCAUCAGGCUUCUCUAAACUAUGACUCCUAUGGUGGGAUUACACCCAACAGUGGAGGGGGAGACCCAGACCGACCGCCCUCAGGAACCCCCUCCGCUUCAGUCCAUUCGUCACCAGGCCACCACCAAAGCAUGCAGUAUGGAUAUGUUGCUAAUAGUGGAGCUAGUUCUGCCUCUGCCGCCACCUCAGGCCCCGCAGCAGCCCCCUCGUCAUCCAGCUCUGAUGAUGAUGAGGAGGAUGAGGAUGAGGAUGAGGAAGCAGGUGGUGACACCUCCUCUUCAACUACUGGCAGUGCCUCCCCGGUGCCCAACAGCUAUGAUUCUCUGGAAGGGGGCAGUUACCCGGAGUCCAUGCCACCUUCCAAUGAUAUGUCUAACCAGGCCCCGCCCUACAGUAGCUAUGGUUACCCCAGCAUGCAGCCGGCCUAUCGGCAGGGACCAGCUUCGCACACAGACUCCUCCCCAUCCCAGGAUCUGUACAGUCAGUCAAACUACCAGCAAUACUCCCAGCCAUUUCCAAAUCUGUCCCAGCUCUCUGCAGCACUGGGGGGGCUGAGCGGGGUUCCAGAGCUGGAGGUGGAAUCUCUGAGGCCAGUCAACCUGCUACAGGAGAGGACACUGCUGCCCCCCAGGCCCCUCGAGGCCCCUGAACCCAACCUCACCCCCGACCUCAAGAAAGUCAACUGCAGUCCACAGACUUUCAGGUGUACCCUGACCAGCAUCCCCCAGACCCAGGCUCUGCUCAACAAGGCCAGGCUGCCUCUGGGUCUCCUCCUCCACCCCUUCAGAGACUUACAGCAGUUACCAGUGAUCACAUCGAACACAAUAGUGCGCUGUCGCUCCUGUCGAACCUACAUCAAUCCAUUUGUCACUUUCUUGGACCAACGCAGGUGGAAGUGUAACCUCUGUUACCGGGUCAAUGAUGUUCCAGAUGAGUUUAUGUACAACCCCGUUUCCAGGUCGUACGGUGAGCCCCACAGGAGACCAGAGGUUCAGAACUCCACUGUGGAGUUCAUCGCGUCCUCAGACUAUAUGUUGCGACCUCCUCAGCCGGCGGCCUACCUAUUUGUGCUCGAUGUGUCUCAUAAUGCUGUCGAGGCCGGUUACCUGAAGUACUUCUGUGAAUCACUACUGGAGAACCUUGACAGGUUGCCAGGUGAUACACGCACCAGAGUGGGAUUCCUUACCUUCGACAGCACCAUUCACUUCUACAACCUCCAGGAGGGACUGUCACAGCCACAGAUGCUGGUUGUGUCCGACAUCGAUGAUGUCUUCAUACCCUCUCAUGACAGUCUGAUGGUAAACUUAAAGGAAAGCAAAGAGCUGGUACAGGACCUGUUGAACUCCCUACCUGCCAUGUUCAGCCAAACCAGGGAGACCCACAGUGCCCUGGGCCCGGCGCUACAGGCUGCCUUCAAGCUCAUGUCCCCCACCGGAGGGCGUGUCACAGUUUUCCAGACCCAACUGCCCACACUGGGCGCUGGUCUUUUACAGUCAAGGGAAGAUCCCAACCAGCGCUCAAGCACUAAGGGAGUGCAGCACCUCGGCCCAGCCACAGACUUCUAUAAGAAACUUGCACUGGACUGCUCUGGCCAACAGAUUGGAGUGGAUCUUUUCCUGCUCAGCUCCCAGUACGCUGACCUUUCCUCACUAGCUUGUAUCUCCAAAUAUUCAGCUGGCAGCAUCUUUUAUUACCCCUCAUUCCAUUACAUCCACAACCCGGCCCAGCUGGAGAAGUUCCAGAAAGAUCUUGAGCGCUACCUCAGCAGAAAGAUCGGCUUUGAGGCAGUCAUGAGGAUACGAUGUACUAAAGGUUUAUCCAUUCACACAUUCCACGGGAACUUCUUUGUGCGCUCUACUGACCUAUUGUCUUUAGCCAAUGUGAACCCAGACUCAGCCUUUGCUGUUCAGAUGUCGAUUGAAGACUCUCUGGCAGAUUCGUCUCUGGCCUGUUUCCAGGCUGCUCUGCUCUACACAUCUAGUAAAGGAAAGAGACGUAUCAGAGUCCAUACUCUGUGUUUACCAGUGGUCAACCAGCUGAGUGACGUCUAUGCUGGGGCUGACGUCCAGGCCAUCACAUGCUUGCUAGCAAACAUGGCCAUAGACCGGUCGAUAUCGUCCAGUCUAUCAGACGCCCGCGACGCCCUGAUUAACGCUGUGGUAGACUUUGUGAACUCCUACAAGAGCAACGUGUCAAGUCUGCAGCAGUCUGGCCUCGUCUGCCCCUCAGCCAUGCGUCUUUUCCCACUCUACAUCCACGCUCUGCUGAAGCAGAAAGCCUUGCGGACCGGCACUAGCACGCGACUGGAUGAGCGAGUGUUUGCCAUGUGUGAGUUCAAGACGCAGCCGCUGCAGCAGCUCAUGCGAAUGGUUCAUCCAGACCUAUACCGGCUGGACAACAUGUCUGACCAGGGGGCGUUGCAUCUGAACGACACUGUGGUCCCCCAGCCUCAUCUCCUCCACCUGUCUGCUGAGAGGCUGAGCCGAGAUGGAGCUUUUCUCAUGGACUGUGGCAAUGUGUUUUACCUGUGGAUUGGCAAAUGUUGCAGUGACAUGUUCAUAAGAGAUGUUCUGGGAAUCCCCAACUACGCUUCAAUACCUCCCAACAUGACUCACAUUCCUGAGCUGGAGACUACUCUGUCUGAAAGAGUACGAGCGUUCGUGGACUGGCUGCAGGACAACAGAGCGUUCAGCUCCACCAUACACAUCAUCAAGGAUGAUGGUUCGGCUAAAGCUACUUUCUUCCAACAGUUGGUGGAGGAUAGGUCCGAGUCGUCCUCUUCCUACUACGAAUUCCUGCAGCACAUUGAGCAGCAAAUGUCCAAGUAGGCUCCCAUCACACUAUGAGAAAAGUACGGCCGCUAGACUCCUCAAACCAGAGCGAAUGGUUGCGGCGUUUAGACUGAAACUAGCGUUAGGCGGCGGUGUUCAGCCGUCGCUCUGUCAGGUGAGUUUUUAGAGUGGUGGGUUAAACAGAAGUCCAGGUAGGCUCAUUGGUCAGCUGCGAUUUGACCAUCAGAAGGCGAGGAGGGGAGAGUUUUUAUAAAAGGAUAAACAACUACAGACACAGAGGAUGGAACAUGAGUUUUUCACAAAUGAAAACGAACAUUCGAACAGGCUCCUCCGGCCAGCACGGCGACUCCUCGCUGCCUCUUUAACGGUCAAACCCUCGCGUAGCCUCGUGUCAAAUGAUCUGUGGAUAAAAGGAGAAGAAAGUCCAGCCAAGAAGAUGCCACUUCAACAGAUUUUUAGUUUAGUUUGUUUUUGUGAGCCUCUUAUGUAGCUAGUGCGGUCUUUUUUCUUUUUUUUUUUUAAUUUUGUAAUUUAUUCCCUUCCUCAUCAGUUUCGUUUGAAGACUGUUUUAAAUACACUGGAGAACAGAAAGAAGCAUUCCUCCUGUUGCUUUUCCGGCAUGUGCUUUGAAACAUGGAACGCAUGCCACUGUUUUGUUUACUGCUAGUCCGAGGAAAGACAACAAGCGUCUGUGUCACGACGGAAAGCGAAUUGGACCACGUUUUGGAUGUUGAAACCCUUCUUCGGUUCUUUUCUCCUCCGUUAUGUGAACUCCUGAUUUGCUGAGGUCAGACGUCGACGCCCGCCCACCGUCACAAAUCUGCUCCUCAUUUGUUUUACUUUUCCAGGCGCUAUCUUGUUGCUAUCCACUUUGUAACUAUUGAACAGAAUCUUUUAUGUGCGAUAAUUUAUGAACCAGCUUAUUAAAUAAAAAAAACAAAAAUGGAA